GGGGCCGGUCCGGUCCUGUCCGGUUUGGUUUGGUUUGAUCCGCCCAGAACCGCCAUGGCCCCUCACCUGGCAGCAGCAACGCUUCGGCGCGCUUCUAGCUGUUGAGUAGAUGGCAGCUCUCGGCACGGGCCGGGUAACUAAGACGAGAUGCAGGUGAUCCAGCACUCGGUGGAGAGGCUGCGGACCGCGCUGGUGUCCAACCGCCCUGACCUGGCCGAGCGUUACACCAAGUUCAGCCGAGAGGAACGGCGUCUGUUGGAGGAGGGCCUACAACCUGACAGCCCGCUCUUCUUUGCCAUCACUCUGCACUCAGACUCUGACUGGAUCACGUCGCACCCAGAGGCACCUCAGGACUUUCAGAGCUUCUACAGCAACCCCUACCGCAGCACCCCCAUUAAAGGCCGGAAUACCGUUUAUAUCCAGACCAUUGGCUCUUUUGGGGAUACCGAGGGUGUUGAAGGCCAGUAUGUGGAGUGGCUGCGUGAGUACUGCGAGGCCUUCUACUUUGGCCUGCCAGUGAAGCUCCUGGACCCACUGAUGGUGGCUGACACUGGCUGCACCUUCAGGAUCAACAGCAUCUCACACAACCUGCAGAUACAUGCUGGCGAUUUAUUGCAUUUUUUGAAGAAAAGGAAACCAAAGGAUGCCUUUUGUAUUGUGGGGAUCACAAUGAUUGACCUGUAUCCCAAAGACUCAUGGAACUUUGUAUUUGGUCAGGCAUCACUCACUGAAGGGGUGGGAGUUUUCAGUUUUGCCCGAUAUGAUGACAACUUCUAUAGUAGGAGCUACAAAGGACGCCUGCAGAAAGGGAAAGUCUUGAAACCAAAUGAUUAUUCCGUGUUCACAGGUUAUUACACACCUCCCAUCACCAGCACAUUGCUGCUUAGGUCCUGCAAGACUCUGACCCAUGAGAUUGGCCACAUCUUCGGCAUUAAACAUUGCCAGUGGCUGCAGUGUGUAAUGCAGGGCUCCAAUCAUCUAGAAGAGUCGGACCGCCGGCCACUUGACCUCUGUCCUAUUUGUUUGCGGAAGUUGCACUCUGUUCUCGGCUUCAGGAUUGCAGAAAGGUACAAGGCUUUGCUGCAGUGGAUGGAGCUGGAUGCAGCCCAGCACGGGGCUGCUGUCCCCAUGGGUGACUCAGCCAAGCCUACACAGGCUUUCCAGAGUUCCUGGCAGUGGCUCCAGAGCAAGUCACAUGGCACCGUGCAGGAGAGCGGGCGCUGAUGAAAGGAGCAGCACAUCUCUUACCGUGAGCCACUGGGAAAGUGCCA